GGAAGCUGUAAUGUGGGGCUAACCCACGUUGGCUGCUUUGGGAGUUGGGAAGAGCCCCUGAAGUGCUGACGCGGAUCAGGGCUGAGCGAGUGAGCGAAGCCGUGUUGGAGUACGAUGUUUCGCUGGAUUUUGGCUUUCUUGCUCGCCUUUUCACGGACACAAUGCUACUUUUCGGAGGAAAAUUACACGGAAGAGUCCAAAAUGCAGCAGCCCACUGUCGUAAUAGCCAUAAUCGCCAGAAACGCUGCUCAUUCUCUGCCUUACUACCUUGGAGCUCUGGAGAGACUCAACUACCCCAAAGACCGGAUCUCCAUUUGGGCGGCGACAGACCAUAACAUUGAUAACACCACUGCAGUCCUCCGAGAGUGGCUCACUGUCAUGCAGCAGUAUUAUCACUAUGUGGAGUGGAGGCCUAUGGACAAACCAACGUCUUAUGCUGGUGAGUUGGGGCCCAAGCACUGGAGUAACGGUCGUUAUGAGUACAUCAUGAAGCUCAAGCAGGCAGCGCUUAACUUCGCCAAGAAACGCUGGGCUGACUACAUCCUGUAUGCAGAUGCAGACAACAUUCUGACCAACCCGGACACCCUGAACCUCCUGAUUGCAGAGAAUAAGUCUGUCAUCGCCCCCAUGCUGGACUCUCAGUCUGCCUACUCCAACUACUGGUGUGGCAUCACCCCCCAGGGUUACUAUCGUCGCACAGCAGAGUAUUUCCCGACCAGGAACCGUUACCGGAAGGGCUGCUUCCCUGUUCCAAUGGUGCACUCCACCAUGCUGUUGGACCUGCGUAAAGAGGGCACCAAGAAACUCGCCUUUCACCCACCACACAAAGACUACUCAUGGCCUUUCGAUGACAUCAUUGUCUUCGCCUUUUCCUGCAGGGUGUCAGAGGUGCAGAUGUAUCUUUGCAAUGAAGAACGCUAUGGUUACUUGAACGUUCCUGCCAAGCCACACCAGACUGUGGAGGAUGACCGCAUCAACUUCGUCCAUCUCUACUUGGAAGCUUUGAUUGAUGGGCCCCCCAUGUACGUGUCCCGCUACGUCCACGUUCCUCCAAAGCAGACAGACCUGAUGGGUUUCGAUGAGAUUUACCUUAUAAACCUGCGCAGGCGGCCGGAUCGUAGGGAGAGGAUGCUGUGGUCACUCUAUGAGCUGGAGAUCAAUGCUAAAGUGGUGGACGCUGUGGACGGAGCAGCUCUGAACAGCAGUGAUAUUAAGAUCCUGGGUGUUGACAUCUUGCCAGGAUACAAUGACCCUUUUUCUGGGCGCUCGCUGACCAAGGGAGAGGUGGGCUGCUUCCUCAGCCACUAUUACAUCUGGAAGGAGAUGGUGGACAUGCAGCUGGACAAAGCUCUGAUCUUUGAGGAUGACGUGCGUUUUCAGGGAAACUUCAAACGCCGCAUCAUGCAGCUGAUGGAGGAGGUGGAGCUAGCAGAGCUCGAUUGGGACAUCAUAUAUGUGGGCAGGAAGCAGGUAAACCCUGGAGAGGAGGAACCCGUGGAGAACGUGAGAAACCUGGUGUUUGCUGGUUAUUCCUACUGGACCCUCUCUUACGCCAUCUCCCUGCAGGGGGCACAGAAACUAAUCAAUGCAGAACCGCUCUCCAAAAUGCUUCCUGUGGAUGAGUUUCUGCCCAUCAUGUACGACAAGCAUCCCAAUGAGGACUACAGAUCCCAAUUUCUGAACCGGAACCUGCAGGCCUACUCUGCAAACCCCCUGCUGGUGCAGCCCUGUCAUUAUGCCGGAGACCCGGGGUGGGUGAGCGAUACAGAAACAUCCACACUGUGGGACAAUGACAAUGUGCGGACAGACUGGAGGGGCUCAUACAAGACCCUAAAGGGAGGGACCCCGCCGGCUGGAAUUCAAAGCGCCUCCUACAGGGAUGAGCUGUAAGGUGCAGGCCAGUGAGCCACUUCUCUAAAUGAGUUAGCCAUUCGGGAAGUCAGGGUUUGUGAAAAUGUGUGAGAGACUUUUCCAUUGACUGUACCAGCUGUUCUUGGAUAAGGUUACUCACCACAGAAGCCUAUUAGGAAUACUCACACACACUAUAACACACACCCCUUCUCAGGUGGAAGCUGCUCCGAGAGACCCCCGCUUAGUGCCUAUGUGUGUUUGUGCAUCUGUGUAUGUGUUCUCAGGUACAUACAGUGCAGUCUGAAUGAGCACAGCAUGCAGUUUUUUAUGGUUUUUACUUUGUACAGCAGUGCACAUGAUUUGAAACAAAACAAUGACUUCAUUGUCAGGUCAGAGUGUAGAAUGUCAGCUUUAAAGGUGCCAGAAGGGUUCUUUGGAGUGAUGCCACAGAGGAACCAUUUCUGGUUCUCCAAAGGACCUUUUUAUUGAUUUUUAUUUACUUUAAACUAAUGAAAGUUUUUUUUAUAUAGAACCAAAAGUAGUCAAUCUGUCAAGCAUUUUAUCUUUACUGUGUAAUGUUUAUUGUGGGCCAUUUUUGCAUGUAUAUGUUUAUCCUUUAAUUAAUACUGUAAUAGCUUUCUUACAUGUGAGGCACACACUGUGAGACACAAUGGUGGUCACUAAGGCCCAAUCCCAUUUCACUCCCUGCUCCUACCACUUAGCUCUUAGCCCUCUGUUUGCGUGUUCAUGUCUAGGGGAUGGGGUGUCCUGAUUUUUUGUUGAGAAAGAGGGGUAGAGUGAAGUGUUAGGGCUACAUGGCCCUGCAAACAGAGUGUUAUGAGAAAAAAAAAAGAAAACUGGCAAGAUGGCUGCACAAGCGACCAAAGAAACCCACAAUUGCGAGAAUUUCCUCUGUUAUAAAAUUACAAUCUUAUCUUAUCUUGUCUUAUCUUAGUUUAAUGUCAUUUCAAUGUAUUGCGGUCCUUUUCUUCACAGCGCUAAUAGUAUGCUAAUGUCUCGGCAGCUGGCUAACUAAAUUUCCCUGUUCCACCUUAAAUAGUCCAGCAGUACUGACACCUGAAGCGCCAGAAUGUAACUGCUGCUCCAUUUAAGGUGGAACAGGAAAAGUUUGAAUUAGAAGCUGGCGAGUAGCUGACUCCAGCUUCAUAUCACUGCAGACUGGCAGGGUGGCCUACAGAGCACCACUAGUAGCCUGUUAAUGAAGGCUGUUAUUUGAGGGUCCCAUUUCAGAGGGCAAGAUUUGGCAAAUUGGCACUCAAAAACAAGGGGUAGGGGUAAAAAUAAGAAAUGGGAUUGGGCCUAAGCUGCACAUGUGUUGUUUCAUCUGUGUAUGAAGUAUGUGGACCUAGCCAUCACACCUAUGUGAGUUUGUUGGACAUCCCAUUCCAUCCCAUGCGUAUUACUAUGAAGCUGCCCCUCAAACCAAGGCCUGGCUCACAAUCGACGUUUCAGUUUACCCCAAGGGUGGUCAGUGGGGUUAAGGUGGGCGCUCAGUGGAGUCCCCUGGAGUUUGUCCACACCAAACUCAUCAAACCAUGUCUGGAGCUCGCUUUGUGCACAGGGGCACAGUCAUGCUUGAACAGGAAGGGGUCUUCCCCAAACUGUUGCCAGAAAGCUGCAAGCAUGUGAUUGUAUAAAAUGUGUUUGCAUUAGCUAUUAAGCUAACUAAUGCAUCUAGUGCAUUGCUACGUUUGAUUUUCACAUUUUUAUUACUAUCUGAUAGAUUUAUUCAUGUUGGCCUGGAAAGCUUCUGUUUAAUUAACCUGGUCUGCUUUGCUGCCAUUGACACUUGAUUGGUGCUCAUGCUGACAGACAACAAGAGCCGAAUCCAGAUAAAGCAGCAUGUCAAAAAUGUACUCUACACACUUUGUUCUGUCUCUUGUGCACACAGCCAGCUGAGAAACAGUUGAGCUGCUAAUUGUUCACUUUCUUUCUGUCCUCUAAAAUGGAAGGACAGUUCAUCCAGUAUUGGCACACACACCCAUCAAUUAAAGCUGACAGUCUGCACAUGAACUGCACAGUCAUUGUUUCACUUCAGAUCCAGUGUUCUGGAGCACAGAGCCAAAACAACACAAACUGUUCACUGUUCAUACACUUACAGACUGCACUGUAUGUGGUUGCAUUAGGUUACUGAAUAGGAGUAACGAUUCAGGAAUAAUGAGCAUCCCAGUUAUUAUUUGCCAGUUUAUUAGUAUAGUUUUAUUGUUCUUGGCUCAUUUUUUAGAUUGAGCAUGUUUUUUUAUAAGGCAUUUUAAACACAUGGAGGAAAUGUUUUGUAAUGUUUGUCAGAUUUACACCAAAGUCUAAAUUAAAUAGAGAAUAAAAAUGGCCACUUUGCACAGAUACUAAAAACAAUCAGAGGAAAAAAACGCAUGUGUGAAGUUAUGUGUAUGUUUGUGUGCAUGAGUUUCUGAUCAGUUGUUAACUUCUUUUCUGUACAUUUUUCCAGUCAGUACAGUUUUAACUUUUGGUCCAUCAUCAUCAUCAUCAAUAUCAUCUUCAUCUCCCUUAAUCUCAUGUUUUUUCUUAUUUAUUUAAUGUAAAUGUUGAUGUAUAACAUAUUUGGUCGUCUUUAUAAAAUGGUCUAAUAAAAAAGUACA